AUGUCAAAUCCGGAGGCAAGUAGAGUAUAUGAACUCAUUGUAGAUUCUGUCGUCAACGAAGUGAGAGAAGAUUUUGAAAAUGCGGGCAUUGAUGAACAGACGUUACAGGAUUUGAAAAGAGUAUGGCAGAUAAAACUAUCAGAGACACAAGUAACCAAAUUUAGCUGGGAUCCUCAAGAGGCAGAAUAUCCGGGCCAACAACUGGGUAGUCAGGUGGAACAAGAUGAUAACAGCUUAAGAAAUGGUAUUCCAUCUGAAUAUACGCUUAAUAGUGAUUCACAAGGUUUAGUACUUCCGGGUUUCCCUAAUGAGGGCGGUAGUAAGGUAGAUCAGUUAAACGCCGCACCUGAAUCAGAACUCCAGGAACAGCAGGAUGACGAUAAACCAGCGGAUGACGAUAAUGAUGAUCCUAAGGGGAAAGAAAUUGAAUUAUCACUGUCUUAUCCGGAUGGCAAUGCACCUGAUAUGACAAAGAUGCAAGAAAAGAAGGCAAAGAGAAGUGCACUGUUGGAUACAGAUGAAGUUGGUUCUGAAUUGGAUGAUUCUGAUGAUGAUUAUUUAAUUUCCGAGGGAGAAGAAGAUGGGCCUGAUGAAAACCUAAUGCUUUGUCUUUACGAUAAAGUGACGAGGACGAAGGCAAGGUGGAAGUGUAGUUUAAAGGAUGGUAUAGUCACGGUUAAUCGUAAGGAUUAUACUUUCCAAAAAUCCCAAGUUGAAGCCGAGUGGGUUUGA